AUGGAAUCGGAUGAAAUAAAAAUUGAAUGCCUCGGUCACGAUUCCAAAUGUGCUUUGCCAGACUCAUCAGCAACGUUGGUAGAUGAUGACCGUAGACCUGAAGAUUUCGAAAGAAAAUUGUCGCGUAAGAUUGAUAUUCGCUUGAUGCCCAUCACGGGCGAUGCCUUAUCUUUGGUG